AUGCCUCUGCUGCUGCUCCUGGCUUCCCUGUGUCUGUCUUCUGCUCCCGGAGUCCCUGCCAUCUACCAGAGACCAAGUGAGACUCAGCCAGCAACUCCUCCCCCCCUCCAGUACUUGCUGGAGCCCACAAACAAGGUAGUGCAGGCCCGGCGGGGGGCCUCAGUCACCCUGCCUUGCAUCCUGUGGGUCGUGCCCCAAAACUACAAGAUCCGAUGGAGCAAGGUGGAGCCAACUGAGUACCUGGAAGUUGCCAUCUUGAUCAGCAACGGGGUCCAUCACAAAACCUAUGGCCCACUGGGCAGCCGGGCUCACCUGAAACGCAGCCACCGGUUCGAUGCAUCGCUGACCAUCUCCAACCUAACUUUGGACGAUGAGGGCCGCUAUCGCUGCCAGCUUGUCAAUGGCCUGGAGGACGAAAGCGUCUCUCUUGUCUUGCAGUUAGAAGGUGUCGUUUUCCCCUACCAAACCAGCCGGGGGCGCUAUCAGUUCAACUACUUUGAAGCCAAGAAGGCUUGCCAAGAACAAGAUGCCAGGCUGGCCACCUACGAGCAGCUUUACCAAGCCUGGACGGAAGGGCUGGACUGGUGCAAUGCCGGCUGGGUCAUGGAGGGGAGUGUGCACUACCCCAUCCGCAACUCCCGCAAGCCCUGCGGGGGUCUUCUUCUUCGGCCCGGAGUCCGAACUUAUGGCCCCAAGGACAAGCUGAAAGAUCGCUUUGAUG